UUAACUGCGCAUGCUCAGCGUAGUUUCUCGCCGCUGUUUUUUUCCGUAGCUACGUUUUUCCGCCGCUCCGGGACUUUAGUUUCAUGGCCAGACACAUGAGGCCUCCGAGCACGUCUCUGUUUGUCAGGAACAUCGGCGAUGAGUCCAGGCCUGAGGAUUUGCGGCGUGAGUUUGGCCGCUAUGGGCCGAUAGUAGACGUCUACAUCCCACUUGACUUCUAUACACGUCGACCAAGAGGAUUUGCAUACAUUCAAUUCGAGGACGUGCGAGACGCAGAGGAUGCUCUUCACAGCCUGGACAGGAAGUGGGUUGGUGGCCGGCAGAUUGAAAUCCAGUUUGCACAGGGCGACAGAAAGACUCCCAACCAGAUGAAGACGAAGGAGCGGCCUUCUCCCGGCAGAUCCUCUCGAUACGACGACUACGAUCGGGACAGCCGGCGCAGACGCUCCCGCAGCCGCAGCUACGACAGGUACAGAUCCCGCAGCCCGUCGUGCGAGCGCAGGCGCAGACGCUCAGAGAGUCCGCGAGAAUCUCGUGGGCGGAUGAAUGGAAGAGGAAGGAGCAGGAGCCGUGAGGAAGACAGAUACAAGCAGCGGCCGAGGAGAGAGUCCAGAGGAAGAUCCCGAUCGCGCUCCAGAUCGGCGCCUCAGCGAGAAAACAUCAACCAAGCUUCGACCUCCCAUUACCCGGAGGAAGAGGUGCGGCGUGCACACUCCCCGACCCACUCGCGCUCCCGCUCGGUGUCCAGAUCACGCUCCCGCUCUCGCUCCAGGUCCUGGGCGGGACGCAAGUCAGGAGGACGCUAGGAAGUAUCCGCUCCCUCCUUUAAAACCUUCCUUCAGCUCAGUACCAGAGCUGGUUGUUUGUUAAGAAAAGAUUUGUUUGACAUGAAUGUAACGUCCACUGAACCAUUUGUAGAAAGUUUGUUUUUGCAGCUUCCUUUUAUGAACAAUACCCAAGGUCCUUUGCUUGUUUUUAUAAAAUAAUUUUGGUAAUCUUUCCUGAUAGGAUCAUAAUGCAGUUUGCAGGUUCUAUGUUCAGUGGUAGUCGGCCAGGAAUAAUCUGUUGUCUUUUUUUUUUUUUUUUUUUUACAUACAGUUGCUGAUAAUUUAGUUUUCUAAACCCUAUGCACCCAUUUUUGCAAAAACAGUAUUUUAAAAGGAAUCCAAGUUGUUAUUGAGUCAGAGCAGCUUCUUUUCAGACAUGACCUGAGGUCCGGACAUUUUCUGGAACUUUCCCACCUGCCCUCUGGGAAAAUGUCUAAGUUAGUUCACGUGAGAAUACAGCAGGAAGACGUCAUUGAAAAACAGGUGAAUAGAAGACGUGGAUAAAGAAGUCAAGGAUGACUUCUUGAUCUCCUGCUGUGUUCGUGUGUGGAAACAUCCAGAUCCACUUCUCCAGAGUUCAUAUCUGAAAACAGCUGGUUUUGUCCCACGUGACCAGUUUUCUCAAACGUAGAUUCAAAGUUUUUUGGGCGGUUCUUCUCUUUUUUUACGCAGCCACAGAGAUAAAUGUGUGUCUCUAUUAAGAAUCAAUUUAAAACUCAGCUUGAUUGAUAAUUCAUCACGUUGCACAUUAUUUAUAAUCUUCCACUUUUACUCUCGGCUACAAAACGAGUUUUCCUGCAGCAGUAAUGUGACUUUGAAGGAUGAAAACUGACACUGAUGGAUUAAACUUCAAGUUGAUAUUUUUAUAUUUUAACAUUAAAACCUCUGGCUGCCUGGACGGAAUAAAAAAUACAAAAAAAAAUCCCGAUUUGAAAUCUCUUGUUUGGACAAAAAUAACGCGAUCUUUUUAAAAAGUGUUGUCGACCAGAAUCUGUUUGGACAUUAAUCCGUUUUCAUUUUGUGGUGUUUUCUGUAACAGUAGAACCUUUUUCUAAAGGUGUUUCAUUUUCCAACACUUCCUCAAAAAUCAUCGGGUCUUUAUCCGACUGUGUUGAUAGUUUUUCUGAGCGGCUCUUGUUGUCACGGCAUGUUUUAUCCUCCCGAUCUUCUCAUCCGUAGAAAGAAACUGUUAUUUUGAGUAUUAAAUGAUAACGUUCUGUAAAAAGAAA